AUGCAUGGGGGCAAGAGAGGACUGGUGGCUCCGCAGAACACUUUCCUGGAGAACAUUGUCCGGCGCUCCAGCGAAACCAGUUUCCUGCUGGGAAAUGCACAGAUCCUGGAGUGGCCGGUUGUCUACAGCAACGAUGGAUUCUGCAAGCUGUCAGGUUACCACAGAGCUGAGGUCAUGCACAGGAGCAGCUCAUGCAAUUUCAUGUAUGGUGACCUAUCUGAUAAAAUGACAAUAGACAAAAUCAGACAAACCUUUGACAACUACGAGUCCAAUUUCUUUGAGGUGCUGCUCUACACAAAGAACAGAACACCAAUAUGGCUUUACAUGCAGGUGGCACCGAUCAGGAAUGAGAAGGACAAGGUGGUGCUUUUCCUCUGCACCUUCAGGGACAUUACACUUUUUAAACAGCCCAUUGAAGAUGAGUCAACAAAAGUCGGUUGGACGAAGUUCGCCCGACUAACGCGGGCACUGACCAACAACCGCAACCUGGUGCAGCAGAUGGCACCGAUAAGCAAGACGGAGGUCAGCCACAAGCCGUCCAGACUGGCUGAGGCUCUCCAGCUGGGGUCAGACAUUCUCCCUCAGUACAAACAAGAGGCCCCCAAGACGCCGCCGCACAUCAUCCUCCACUACUGCACCUUCAAGACCACCUGGGACUGGGUCAUCCUCAUCCUCACCUUCUACACGGCCAUCAUGGUGCCCUACAACGUCUCCUUCAAGACCAAGCAGAACAACCUGGCCUGGCUGGUGCUGGACAGCGUCGUGGACGUCAUCUUCCUGAUCGACAUCGUCCUGAACUUCCACACCACCUUCGUGGGCCCCGCCGGCGAGGUGAUCUCGGACGCCAAGCUGAUACGGAUGAAUUACCUGAAGACGUGGUUCGUCAUCGACCUGCUGUCCUGUCUGCCCUACGAUAUCAUCAACGCUUUUGAACAUGUGGAUGAGGACGCUAUAGCAUCUACACCAUCUCCUGCAAGUCACCUACGCGAGUCUUCAAAUUUCCACAGAAAUACCACACGGAUAGAAGAUUCUCUUCUUCCAGGGAUCAGCAGCCUCUUCAGCUCCCUGAAGGUGAUCCGCCUGCUCCGUCUGGGCCGAGUUGCCCGCAAGCUGGACCACUACCUGGAGUACGGAGCAGCUGUCCUGGUUCUCCUGGUGUGCGUGUUCGGCCUGGUGGCCCACUGGUUGGCCUGCAUCUGGUACAGCAUCGGGGACUACGAGGUCAUCGACGAGACCACCAACACCAUCAAGAAUGACAGCUGGCUUUGCCAGCUGGCCCUCAGCAUAGGAACCCCUUACCACUACAACACCAGCGGCACGGGCCAAUGGGAGGGAGGCCCCAACAAGGACACGCUGUACAUUUCCUCUCUUUACUUCACCAUGACCAGUCUCACCACCAUCGGAUUUGGAAACAUCGCUCCAACCACAGACGGCGAGAAGAUCUUCUCCGUGGCCAUGAUGAUGGUGGGCUCGCUGCUAUACGCCACCAUCUUCGGAAACGUCACCACCAUCUUCCAGCAGAUGUACACCAACACCAACCGUUACCACGAGAUGCUCAACAACGUGCGUGACUUUCUCAAACUGUACCAGGUUCCAAAAGGUCUGAGCGAGCGAGUCAUGGACUUCAUCGUCUCCACGUGGGCCAUGUCCAAGGGCAUCGACACAGAUAGGGUUCUCUCGAUUUGUCCCAAAGACAUGCGGGCGGACAUCUGCGUCCACCUGAACCGGCAGGUCUUCAACGACCACCCGGCGUUCCGUCUGGCCAGCGACGGCUGCCUGCGCUCGCUGGCGGUGGAGUUUCAGACCACGCACUGCGCACCCGGAGACCUCAUCUUCCACAUCGGCGAGAGCGUGGACACCCUCUGCUUCGUGGUGUCAGGUUCACUCGAAGUCAUCCAGGACGAUGAGGUCAUCGCUAUCCUAGGUAAAGGUGAUGUGUUUGGAGAUGCCUUCUGGAAGGAAUCCACGCUGGCCCGUGCUUGUGCCAACGUUCGAGCUCUGACCUACUGCGACCUGCACGUCAUCAGGAGAGACGCUCUGGUGAGGGUGCUGGAGUUCUACACGGCGUUCGCCAACUCCUUCUCCCGCAACCUCAUACUCACCUGCAACCUACGAAAACGGAUCAUCUUCAGGAAGAUUGCGGAUGUCAAGAGGGAGCAGGAGCGCCAGAGAAGCGAGGUGGCGCUCUCCAUCCCCGAGGACCACCCCGUGCGAAAGCUGUUCCAGAGGUUCAGGCAGCAGAGAGAUUCUCAGACUCCGGGAGAGUCUCUUGCGUACCUUGAGCACAACUGUGUGCAGGUGGAGCUGCAGCGCCACCACCACUCCGACUCAAACUCCUACACACAGUGUCAGACUGUGUCCUUGCAGCACCAGGAGUACAGCUCCAUUGUGCAGGGCAUUCCGCCCUGCACAGGAGGAGGAGAGGAUGCAGGCAAGGCUGCACCUCCACAAGCACUUGUCCAGACUGAAAAGUCAGAACAAAGCGGCACACAAGAGGCAGCGGAGUCUGUAUCGAGGCCUUGUGCUGAGAUUAAACUUGGUCAGGUGGGUAACAGCCCUGCAAAAGGCAGUGGUGCAGGGGGAGGUGGAGUUACCAGCCGCAGAGGUGCAAUGGGGUGGGCAAAGUUUAAAAACGCCACCUCUGCCGCACCAGCACCUCCUGCCGUCGAGCAUGAAAAACAGACGCAGAAACCGGAGGAGUGGUCCAAAGGUUUGCAGUCGUCAGAACAGUUAACAGGGGCCAGGAUUUCAGAGGAAGGUGGAGACACGGGCACCACAGAGGGAGGCAACAGUGCAGGAGAAGCAGGCGAAGAAACGAGCGCCCUUCACAAAACUGACUCCUGCGACAGUGGGAUUACAAAGAGCGACCUGCGCAUCGACCGAGCAGGAGACUCCAGAAACUCCUUUGAGCGAAGCCCGAUGGAGAGAAACCCGUUCGAGCACAGCCUCUGCGUGGACGGCGAGGUUUCCCUGAAGCACUCGUUUGUGCAGCCGGCGUCCGAACAAACGCUCCUGCAGGCGACGCUGCACGAGGCCAAGCAGGAGCUGAAGGGAGACAUUCAGGUCCUGAGCGGCCGGCUGUCGGUCCUCGAGUCUCAGGUGAGCGAGAUCCUCAGGCUGCUGUCGAUAAAAAGGAGACUCUCACUGCCGCCGACCUCGUCUCCGAAGGCAAGAGUCAAAGCUCAAGACUCAGUCGCCGCCUCCAGGUUGGCCACACGCAAAACGGAUGAUGGGCCUUUUUGAUUUCACCGGUUAAAACCACACAAACUGAAUCUGUAUGUGAUGCUGAUGCAUGUCCUGCUGGACUCUGGCCUGCCAAAGAAAUUUCUUGAAUUGAAGGAGACAUA